AUGUUGAUCCAAGUAGGAAAUAUUCAUUCUGAUAAUAAUGAAGGAACUUAUCUAAAUAAUACACAGAAUGAAAAUUUCAGAAAUAAAGGUAAAUUGCCUAUUGUUUACGAAGAGAGCAUUCAAUUUGAAAAAGGAAGUCAUGUGAAUCAAGAGGAGGAAGAAAGUAAUAAAGGCGAAUCAGAAACUUAUAUGGAAGAGCAAAAUCAAACUGUGGUGGAAGAGCCAACUAGCAUAAAUUACAUAAAUCAGAUAGAUUCAGAUGAGGAAGAUGAGGAUGAUUAUCUUCGUUAUCUGAACGACAAGCCUGAGGAUGAAGAUGAGGACGUUUGUUAA